AUGAAGAUGGAAGAAUCACAAGGGAAGGAGUGCAAGAGCUUGAAGUACAUUGGUAAAUUUGCUUGGUUUGUUGGAGGACAUCAUCAGAGUAAGCCUUGGGCCUUUGCAAAGAAAUACAAACUUCCGUCCACAUUACUAAGCGACGAGGGUAAUAAGGUGAGGAAAUGGGGAGUGCCAUCAGAUCUGUUUGGGACAUUGCCCGGAAGACAGAUUCAACUCAUCUACAACAACCAGUUCCAACCUGAGAAGCAUAUUGAUGAAACUCUCAAACUCCUUCAAAGCCUUUAA